AUCGAGAGCAUAUAUACAGGCCCACAAGGUUUCCAAACUUCCGGGUUGUCCCUAAGUGCGUACACUCGCAUAACGAUGGGCUAGUCGCACUAAUAGGGUUGUUUUAAACUUUAGACGGGAAAUAUGUCAUUUCUGUGUACUCGAAAUGCUAGUCAGCCUGUCAUAUAGGUCUUAAUCACGAAGUACCGGUGGAUUCUGAUGUCAGACAUAGGAGAGACACCAGUAUACAUGGUUAUAAUUCUACAUCACAGCAUGGACGGAUUUUAACUAGUGAUCAUACACGAUAGUUCACACUCGUGAGUGAAUAUAUAUUUCAAAGGAUUUUAGGCACGUUGCAUAACAGUGUUUGAUAAGCAAAACAGUGAAUCUGAUUUGUUUUAAAAAUGGGAAGUACUUCAUGGCUGAUCCGAGCAGGAUUCGCAGUAGCUGUCCAUGUGUUUGGGUUAUUGACGUCAUCACAGGUGAUAUUGGACGAUAAGCUGUUGUUCUGUAACUCGACCGCCAACAUCACCUCUGAUUGUUGUCUUCCUUGCGACAUCAACGCCACCUGUAACAACACGUGUCCGGAGGGACAGCUUUCUCUUAACUUCACUCAACGUUUUCCAACAUGUGUAUUUUCAAAUGACACCGACGCAAGUUCGACGUCCUCUGAGGACACGUCACGUGAUUUUCUGGUCGUCUGUGUGGAGGCGUGUCCUGUGAAGUAUUACACGGCAAGAAGCCGCUGUGAGAAAUGUGAUGACGUUUGUGAGAGAUGCAUUGGACCUGGAAUCAAAGAAAAUUGUACCUGCUCCUUACGUUACAAUGGCCAAUGUGUGGAGACUUGUCGUGAAGGAUUCUACAAUGAUACCGGUAUUUGCACCAAGUGUGAUGACGCAUGUAAAAAUUGCAGCGCCUCCGGUCGUGGAAUUGAAAUUUGCAAUUGUAAAUUUGAAUUUAAUGGCACGUGCUUUGAUUCUUGCUAUCCAAACAUUACUGAUUGUGAUGUUGAUGGUGAUGACGAAAACAAUUUGACCAUCAUUAUCGCCGCAUCUGCUGGAGGUGCAGCUGCUGUCAUAGUCGUCGUCGUCGUCGUCAUUGUCAUUAUUGUCAAGGGUUGUCGUCGUAAGAGAAAAACCAAGUCACGUAUGAGUACCAUUAUUGAAAACAGAGACGUAGCCAAAGACGAGGAAGAGGAGACGGACAUCCAACUCCCUAUGCAGAUCAAAGGGAAAAAACCAGGCAAAUACGAAAACGUACAGGUACUAGGUGGCGCGGUAUCGGCACAGGCGCAAGAUACCCAAGACAAAAUGACAAGAUACGCAAAGGACCCGACUCUUCCCCGAGGGAAAACGCUUCAGGACCAAAUGGAUGCGUCUAACCGCCAGUCUACUUUGUAUGAAAACGAGGAUUCCAUCAAACUCCACCGAAACCUAGUGAAAAGGGAAGACAGUAAUACGAAGUUAAAGCAUGGAGUCUUCAGCAAACUGAAACAGUCCGUCAAGAACAGGAAGUCGAAAAAGAAGCGUGAUAGCCAUGGAGGUAUUUCCGGUUCGUCAAAUCCCGUUUUCAAUGAUUUUGUUUCUAGUACUGACGGUGAUGAAUAUGUAGAUAUGUCUGGGAAAAUUCAAGAAGAACCAGAACAAGAGGAUUAUGUUCAAGUUACCCAACAAAAACAUGAUGAACCACAGGAAGACUAUGAGAAUUUCCAAAAUACGUCCAAAAUCGACACAGCAGAUGAGCCACAGGACGACUACGAAAAUUUCAGAAAUACUUCUAGGAUUUCUAAUAUAGACGAUGAACCGCAGGAUGAGUACGAAAAUUUCGGUAUGACAUCUAUAGCUGAAAGAACAGACGAUGAACCACAGGACGAUUAUGAAAAUUUCGGCAACACUUCCAAGGUUGGUGUUAUAGACGAUGAUCCACAAGAAGAGUAUGAAAAUUUUAGGCCUGUAACGACGUUUCAGGAGGAAUCACCUUACAUCAAUGUCAAAAAUUUCCGUAAAGAAACAACAUGAGGUGGUGCAUAAUCUAGGCCAUUCGACUGACAGUCCAGGUCAUUAGUUGGCUCAACACAUUCACGUAAAACAUGUAUCCACUGUCUGUGUAGUUGUCUUGUGUGUUUAAGAAGACGUGUUAACCAUACACAGAUAAUGUUAUGUAAAAAAAUAGUGCUAUAAUCACCAGACCCAGGCAUCAUUUUAUAAACCACAGUAUUAGUUCCUCCUUCUUUUUUGGUGCUUGGUAAGUGAGCUUACCUUGAACAUACAAUCUGUUAUUGCGAUAUCAUAGCUAUAUAUAUGUACUUACAGUUCUGAAUAAUGAAAUAUAUCGUGCACACUAUUGAACUGUAAAUGGUGUCUCGUUUCGUCCUUUAACGUGUCUAUAAGAUCCCACCUCUCCUACUUGGUUGGUUGACAAAGACCAUAACGAAUACAUGUAUGUAUAAUAUAUAUAUAUAUCGUAGAGUAUAUCUUCAAUGCAUAAUAUCCAUACAUAAAGUCCGCGUAGCGGAUUCUUACAGAAGUUUGAAAACAAAAUUUGUUUCAUACCCCGAUGAAACUAAAAUAAAAUUGACAUCAACGCUUAUAAUU